ACGCUCGGCCCGCGCCCUCCGUCCCCACGCCGGCCUCCGCGCCCUCGCGCGCCGCAGCAUCUCCGCGCCGCCGGCCUCCCCGUCGCAAAUCUCUCGGCGCCGUCUGCCUCUGUCGUCGCUGCCACCAACGCCGCCGCCAUUCUUGGCGCGGAGCUAGCCCGGCCGGCCCCGGCCGAGAGCGGCCGCGGCUCGGACUCGCGCUCCAGACUCUGUUGACACCACUGGAACCCAGCCCAGUGCUGGAGGCUGACAUGUGUGAAUACUGGUCCCUAGGGAUGUCUUCUUGAAGGUUCCUCUCAGGAGGUGGCAGGAAGGACUCCAGAGGCCCACGGCACAGGCGUGCACCUUGUCACUGCAGCCAUCUGGUGUCUGCUAAGCUUCCUGGGUUAGCGUGUCAGAAAUUGGGAAGUGAGCCUCUCCGGGAAACUGAAAGCCAGCUUGUUCCUUUCGUCUGUGGCAUGUCUGCCCCUCUAGCUAGUCACUUCGUGAUCCACCUUGGUUGGAAAGGAGCAUCGGUAGCCUUUGGCUUGAGGCAGUGAAAGUGGCCACUGCUGACUGGACAUGCGGGAACUCUGGAACCCCACUCAUGGGCUCUGCUCUGUGCUGCUGGCCCCAGCCCUGGGGCUCUGAGAGGUCCUUGCUGCCAUCCAUGUGUGUCCACUGCUGAAGGCCCCAGCGGCCCCUGCCCAGGAGGAUGUGCGCCCCCGUGCGGGGCCUGUUCUUGGCCCUGAUGGUAGUGUUGAGGACGGCGGUAGCGUUUGCACCCGUGCCUCGGAUCACCUGGGAGCACGGAGAGGUGGGUCUGCUGCAGUUUCACGAGCCAGGCAUCUUCAACUACUCGGCCCUGCUGAUGAGUGAGGACAAAGACACUCUGUAUGUGGGCGCCCGGGAAGCUGUCUUUGCACUGAAUGCCCUGGACGUCUCGGAGAAGCAACAGGAGGUGUACUGGAAGGUCUCUGAGGACAAAAAAGCGAAGUGCGCAGAGAAGGGGAAAUCAAAGCAGACGGAAUGCCUCAACUACAUCCGAGUGCUGCAGCCUCUCAGCUCCACCUCCCUCUAUGUGUGCGGGACCAAUGCGUUCCAGCCCACUUGUGACCACCUGAACUUGACGUCCUUCAAGUUUCUGGGGAAAAAUGAAGACGGCAAAGGAAGAUGCCCCUUCGACCCCGCCCACAGCUACACAUCAGUCAUGGUUGGGGGAGAGCUGUACUCUGGGACAUCGUAUAAUUUCUUGGGCAGCGAACCCAUCAUCUCUCGAAACUCUUCCCACAGUCCCCUGAGGACGGAGUAUGCCAUCCCAUGGCUGAAUGAGCCUAGUUUCGUCUUUGCCGACGUGAUCCAGAAAAGCCCAGAUGGUGCGGAGGGUGAGGACGACAAGGUGUACUUCUUCUUCACGGAGGUGUCCGUGGAGUACGAGUUUGUCUUCAAGUUAAUGAUCCCACGAGUGGCCAGGGUGUGCAAGGGGGACCAGGGCGGCCUUCGGACUUUGCAAAAGAAGUGGACCUCCUUCCUGAAGGCCAGGCUGAUCUGCUCGAGGCCAGAUAGCGGCCUGGUCUUCAACGUGCUUCAGGAUGUCUUCGUGCUGAGGGCCCCGGGCCUCAGGGAGCCUGUGUUCUAUGCAGUCUUCACCCCACAGCUGAACAAUGUGGGUCUAUCAGCAGUUUGUGCCUACACGCUGGCCACGGUGGAGGCAGUCUUCUCCCGGGGCAAAUACAUGCAGAGCGCCACAGUGGAACAGUCUCACACCAAGUGGGUGCGCUACAAUGGCCUGGUGCCCACGCCCCGGCCUGGAGCGUGCAUCGACAGUGAGGCUCGGGCAGCCAACUACACCAGCUCCUUGAAUCUCCCAGACAAAACGCUGCAGUUUGUAAAAGACCACCCUCUGAUGGACGACUCCGUGACCCCUAUAGACAACAGGCCCAAGCUGAUCAAAAAAGAUGUAAACUACACCCAGAUAGUGGUGGACAGGGUCCAGGCUCUGGAGGGGACCUUUUACGACGUCAUGUUCAUCAGCACAGACCGGGGGGCCCUGCAUAAAGCUGUCAUCCUUGGGAAGGAAGUUCAUGUCGUGGAGGAGACCCAGCUCUUCCAGGACUCUGAGCCGGUCCAGACCCUGCUGCUGUCCUCCAAGAAGGUAGUGUGCUCUCGGGGGCAGACCCUGGCGGUUGUCGUACUCCGUAGCUUCUCUGUGGCUAGGACGCUCUCUCCCUGUUUGGCAGCCUCUGGUCAUCCUGGUCCAGAUGAGCUGGCCUUUGGACUGUCACAGCCUUGGGAAGGAGGCAUGGCAGAGCCAGGGAGGUUGAACGACGUUGGGGAGCUGACUAGUGCCCAGCCCCCAAGGCCGCUGAGUCUUCUCCAGGGACAGGAUAAGAGUAAAGAAAGUUCCCAUCAGCAUUUUUUCAAGCACGGUGGCACGGCAGAACUCAAAUGCUUCCAAAAGUCUAACCUGGCCCGGGUGGUGUGGAAGUUCCAGAACGGAGAGCUGAAGGCUGUGAGUCCCAAGUAUGGCUUUGUGGGCAGGAAGCACCUGCUCAUCUUCAACCUUUCGGAUGGAGACAGUGGUGUGUACCAGUGCCUGUCAGAGGAGAGGGUGAAGAAUAAGACCGUCUCCCAACUGCUUGCCAAGCACAUCCUGGAAGUGAAGGUGAUACCUCGGACCCCGACCUCACCUGCCUCACAGGCUGCUCAGACAGAAGGUAGUAGGAUCACUUCCAAAAUGCCGGUGGCAUCUACCCAGGGGUCCUCUCCCCCUACCCCGGCCCUGUCGGCCACCUCCCCCAGAGCUGCCACCCUACCUCCCAAGUCCUCCUCCACCGGCACGUCCUGUGAACCAAAGAUGGUCAUCAACACAGUCCCACAGCUCCACUCAGAAAAGACGAUGUAUCUCAAGUCGAGCGACAACCGCCUGCUCAUGUCCCUCCUCCUCUUCAUCUUUGUCCUCUUCCUCUGCCUCUUCUCCUACAACUGCUACAAGGGCUAUCUGCCUGGACAGUGCUUAAAAUUCCGCUCAGCCUUAUUGCUUGGAAAGAAGAAACCCAAGUCAGACUUCUCUGACCUGGAGCAGAGUGUGAAGGAGACACUGGUGGAGCCUGGGAGCUUCUCCCAGCAGAAUGGUGACCAGCCCAAGCCAGCCCUGGAUACCGGCUACGAAACAGAGCAGGACACCAUCACCAGCAAAGUGCCCACAGACCGAGAGGACUCGCAGCGCAUUGAUGAGCUCUCUGCCAGGGACAAACCGUUCGAUGUCAAGUGUGAACUGAAGUUUGCAGAUUCGGAUGCUGAUGGGGACUGAGGCCAGCGUGUCCCGGCCCGUGCCCCGAGUCCCCCGUGGAGAGUGUUGUGUUGCGCCCAUUCAGUAGCUGAGUCUUGUCAAAUCGUGUACCGACCUCAGUCCUUUGUCUCUCCUCUCUUGGAUUGAGCCUGUGACUUGUCCCUUUUGUCCUUUUGGGAAACAAGUAUCUAUUCCAGUCUCAAGUCCUGCAGUCGCUGGAGCGCUUAUUUAAGAUGCACCUGAGCCCUUUGUAUCCUGGGGAAGAGAUGGCCGCCUCUGCGGGCCGAGAAGAGCCGCCCCUCCUCUCCCCUUCUUGUAGCAGCCACUAAAAGAUAAUUUAAUUCCAGAUUGGAAGUGACGUUUUAGUUUAUCAGAUUGGUAACUUAUCACUUGCUGUCCAGAUCGGCACGGACUUUUUCUUUCCCUUAAUUAUUUUUUUAGGAGUUUUGCUCUGAUUAUGUUGAUGUCUUAGGUCAUUUUUUUUUUUAUUACUGAAGGAGAUGUUUUAAUAUUCAUGAGAAGAUGAACAUUUUCUAGAUUUUUGUUAUAUAUUGAGAUACAAUAUGGCUAUGUUGCUUAAGAUUCUCAGGGAUAGACUUAUUUUUGCUAAAUUCAUUCUUUCCUGCUGUUACUAGGUAUGUAAGCCUAAAACUGUCUCUUGAACUCACCUUUUUUAUUUUGGUGAGAUUUUUUUUUUUGGUUAUUAUUUGUUUGUUUUUUAAUCUUAUUCAUUUUGAAGGAAGUACCGUUUUCCAAGAUUUUCUUUCUGUACUUUUUUCCUACCGUUCAUCUACAAGGUGGGUUUUGAGCGAGGGCAGGUGGCCGAGUGGCUGGCGGCAAUUGAGCUGCUCCUAUGAGGGGAGGGGGGCUUGUACCCCAGCAGUCCUGCUCCUUCCUGGCACCUCCUGCCCCGACGGGUGGCAUCUUCACGAGGACAACUUUGGUUCUUGGUCACAUGCUGUCUCUCCUCGCUUCCGUCUCACAUCACUGCCCUUGGACUUCCACCUUGACUGUCCAUACAAGACAGAAACAGGUUGGGCAGCGGGCUCCCAGCCUCGGACAGUGACCACAGCGUCCCAUGUGGCCAGCCGCUGCUGCAGCCUGUCUUCCGCCAGGCUUUUAGGAUGUUAACGGGUGGUACGACUCUAACAUUUGUUCUUCACAUAUUGUGUGUGGGACACUCAUCCCAUGUAGAGUGAUGAGCUCUGGAUCCCUUGAGCCGUGUAGACAUUCAUCUUCAGCAUGACAUGAUCUCACCUUUCGGUGUAAACAUUUGUGUUUAUAAGAUUUACGUUGUUUUUAUUUUUCUACUUUGAACUGUACACAUUUGAAAAGUACCCAAAUAAACCAGAAGCUUUAUCAUUGA